AUGAAGUAUGCUCUGCCUACAGCCUCAGUGAAGAUAGUCACUAGCCAGAAACCACUGUACUCCGGAGACACAGUCAAGCUGCAGUGUGACAUAUCAGACUACACAGACUGGACGUACCACUGGUUAAUAAAUAAAGAACGGCUUUCCAGUCACACCAGUAAAACCACCACCAUCUUUCUCUCUGACCAGGCUGAUCAGUACCAGUGUGAGGGGACAAGGACAAAACGGCCCCAGAAGUCAUAUCUCAGCUCAUCUCUCCACAUCAGCGUCACUGCCCUGCCUGAAACUACACUGACCGUAAAUCCAAACCCUGCAUACACUGGAGAGACAGUAACUCUGACAUGUUCAGUGGGGUCUGACAGUGACUGGAGCUAUACAUGGUACAAAGACAACACUAAGAAAGUAGUGACCUUGUCUGGCAGACACACUACAACAGGAGCCACCUUCACCAUCAGUAGAGCUGCUGAGUCUGACCAGGGUCUCUACUGGUGUCAGGGAGAGAUCCAAUCCAGAUCCAUAUCAUCAAUCAUCAGUGAUCCUGUCACUAUCACUGUGAAAAGCAUAACUCCUGGACCCUCUACAUCAGUCCUAGUAGUAGUGGUUGUGGGCCUGGUUGUUGCUGGUGUUCUACUGGCCAUUAUGCUGGUACUGCUGUGUCGAUAUAAAAACGCCAAAGGUUCCUGUUGUAACAGGAUAUUCUCGUGGCGCUAACAUCUAUGAUACAAUCACUCCCUCAGACAAUAAUGACAAUGAUGCUGCUGCUGCUACUGCUGGAACAAGUGAUGUGAUGUACGCCCAGAUACAACUCAAAAAGUUGGACAAGAAAAA